AUGUUCGGCGGAGGUGGCGGAGGUCCAGUUGACACCACCCUCUAUGAAACACUCAAUGUCUCUCCAUCUGCUACUCAAGCAGAAAUAAAAAAGUCUUACUUCAAACUGGCUAAGGAGUAUCACCCUGAUAAGAAUCCUGAUCACGGAGAUAAGUUCAAAGAAAUCAGUUUUGCCUACGAGAUUUUGUCGAAACCUGAAACGAGACAGUUGUAUGAUGCUCGAGGACUUGAAGGAAUUAAAGAAGGAGGAAGUGGCGGAGGCUUCCCGGGUGGAAAUCUCUUCUCCCACUUUUUCGGUCGCGGGGGAAUGGAUGAUGAUGAUGAUGAAAUUGGUGGACAUCCAUUCAAUAUUUUCGGUGGAAUGGGUGGAGGCCGACAACAUAGAAGAAAACAUAAGGAUACUGUGCAUGUUCUUCAAAUGACUUUGGAAGAUCUGUACAACGGGAAAACUACGAAACUAAAACUUACGCGUAAAUCUCUUUGCAAAACGUGUGAAGGAUCAGGAGGACAAAAGGGUCAAAAAUACAAAUGUGAGACAUGCAAAGGUCGUGGAGUCCGCAUGAUAAUUCAACAAAUCGGUCCCGGCAUGAUUCAACAAAUGCAAACGGCAUGCGAACCAUGCCGAGGAACGGGUGGAAAGGUUCCCGAUAAUCAAAAAUGCAAAACUUGUAAAGGCGAAAGAUUCGAAGAAAAUCAGAUAAUUAUCGAGGUAUAUGUAACACCAGGAACAGAAAAUAAUGCCAAAAUUACUUUCACCGGAGAAGGAGAUCAUUCAGAUCCGGACGUAGAGCCAGGAGAUGUUGUUAUUGUCAUUCAGCAAAAGGAUCAUCCAUUAUUUGAAAGGGAUGGAGACGAUCUUCAUAUGAAAAAGAAAAUUACACUGAAUGAGGCUUUAUGCGGAUUUGAAUUUAUUGUGAAACAUCUUGAUGGUCAUCCAUUAAUUAUUCGUGGACAGCCGGGAGAGAUUAUUGAACCAGACGCUGUCAAAGGAGUUCUCGCUCGCGGAAUGCCAAACAAAAGGAGAAGGGACGAAAAAGGAGAUCUUUUUGUUCAUUUUGAAAUUGAAUUCCCUGAAGAUCAUUUCCUUGCCAACGAAUCCGGCUAUGCACUUCUCCGAUCACUUCUCCCAAUUCCUAGACCGUGUCCUGUUCCACCAACUGCUAUUGAAGUAUCGUUGAUGGAAUAUGACGAAAAGAAAUACAGCCGUGGACGAGGCGGUGAUGCCUACAACGAAGAUUCCGACGAAGAUGGCGGUGGUCCAAGAAUACAUCACGGACCAGGUGUCUCCUGCCAACAACAAUAA